ACUGGUGACCAGUUCAUUCUGCAGCCGCCUCACAGGCCACAGUCUCGGACUACUCACCAGACAAACUCUGCUAGAAAACAAAUUAUAUAAAACACUUUAUUUUUUAAUCUGAAUUAAUUUGUUUGUCGUUAAGAAAAAACUUUUCUUUAAUCUUUUAGGAACAAAUGAAAAUCUUCAGUUUGUCAGAAGAAGUUUUGUUUUAGGAGAAGAAACUUCAUCAACAGCAGGAAUACAGCUCAACCUCCUGUCAGUCAUCUUUCACUUCACCUCUGACAACGUUAAGAAAGAGUUUCUUAGGAACUUGAAAACAACUCAACUUUUAAAACUCAGUUCCUGGGACUUGUCCUCCUCCCCCCCGCUCCAGGCCCCAUGAAGCGGCCGUGUGAGGACAGCAGCUCAGAGGACAGCGACGUGGACCAGAUGAUCGAUGUCGGCUGUGAGAACAUUGAUCCAGGACACAUGAAGAUGAGGAUGAUGAGGUGUGGCUCCCCGACCAGCGGAACACAAGUGAUGGCGAGGAAGAAACGCAGAGGGAUCAUCGAGAAGAGACGCAGAGACAGAAUCAACCUCAGUCUGACGGAGCUGAGACGACUCGUCCCCACGGCCUCUGAGAAGCAGGGUUCGUCCAAACUGGAGAAAGCAGAGAUCCUCCAGAUGACCGUGGACCACCUGAAGAUGAUGCAGGCCACCGGAGGGAAAGGUUACUUUGACGUCCACGCUCUGGCUCUGGACUUCCUGUCUCUCGGGUUCAGGGAGUGUGUGACCGAGGUUUCCCGCUACCUGUGCUCCGUGGAGGCCCUGGACUCCGGAGACCCCCUGCGCUCCCGCCUCCUCUCACACCUCACUUCCUGCGCCUCCCAUCGUGACGCCGCCGCUCUGACAGCCGCCUCCCACCCUCCCCAUCAGCAGCGGCCUUACCCCUUCCCUCCCCCCCUCCCCCCUCACCACUGGGCCGCAGCAGGGUUUCAUCAUCUUCCUGCCGCCGCCGCGCCGUACGGGCUUCCUGUCUCCUCAGACGUGGGAGGAGGUGGAGCCCCCCACAGGCUGGCGGAGUUAUCGCAGCGCAGUCCGGCCUCCUCUUACUCCGCCCAUGCAGACUCCACCACCUCCUCCUCCUCUCCUUCCUCCUCCUCCUCGUCUCUUGUGCUCUCCCCUCUCUCCUCCUCGCUCCUCUCCCUCUCGUUCCCCAUCGCCCUCCACGCAGGUUUCCCCGUCCUUCCUCCUUUCACCUCCUCCUCCUCCUCCUCCUCCUCCUCGUCCCAGACUCCUCUCAGCAGCAGUAAACCCUACAGGCCGUGGGGAACCGAGGUCGGAGCGUUCUGACCUCUGACCUCUUCACUCUUCCCCCCCCACUGAAGGAAACACUGACAAACCAAGUUUUAACUCUCGACUGUUUAACCUGUUUACAUGUUGUUAACAUGUUGUUCACGUGUUCAGCUGAUGAUUCUUUUAAAACUGUGACAGGUUGUUAAAAAACUCUAUUCAUCUUCUUUAUGUUUAUUAAAAUGUUUCCUGCCGUGAAAAUAA